AAAAACUGGGAAUGGAGCAAGAACACAGAACGCGGGAAAGUUUUGUUGGUUGCUUUUUCUCUGCAGCGUAUUCCGGGGGAGUGGGGUUAUUUUAAACGACGUCGAUAACUAAAACUGACUUGGCUGUGAAAGACAGGGUAUUAAAAACAAACGCACCAAACAAUUUAGUGACGUAUAACUGUGCGCUUAAAAUCACCUCCCUCCAGAAACACAAGUAUAUAGUUCCGCGAUGCAACCCUUAUACAACGAUUCGCUGAGGAACUAUUGUGGUUUCCGCAAGUUUCCACACGAACAAAGGGACGUGUUUAUGGUAGUGACGUACAGACCGAACGAAAACAACAGAUGACAUCCCACGACAGUACGUCCAUAACGGAAUAAACGUGGCGUCAUGUUCAGUUUCCUUGGACUUCGAAAAGAAUCAAAGAAGUCAACAUCUGACAGGGAAUCAGAUGGAGGCUUUGUCAUUAUUGGAGAGACGGUGGAGGAACAAAGGAGAAAGAUCCAAACCAUGAACAUUACACAACCAUCAACAAAUGUAAUAGUGCAGCCUUCAAAGCCAUCUUACGCACCUACUCCCACUCCUGCCAUCAAAGACCUCCACACGCCCUUAUCUAGCACGGAGCCAGCUGCAGGGCCCGCAGUGAUGGAAGCAGUGUCCACUCUCCCCGACAUCCUCUGCGACAUCCCUUUCACAUUGGCUCCCCACGUCCUAACCAUGCAAGCAGGUGUUUCAGUAAUCCCUGAUGUGCUGCUCCUCCGGGAUAUUAACUUUAACCUGGCUAAUUUUCAGUACGACUUCACUCUGGAGAACUCGGUACUCCACAGCACUUAGAUGGUUUGAUAUCAGUUCGGGAGUUCAAAUCUUUAAAGCUGGGGCACAUAGUAGAAACGAUUAAAAAGUGAUUGUGAUCAUAUUUGAUAAAAGGAUACCCGAGCUCCCUAAAUUAUAAUAAAACCAACCCUAACAGCUCGCAAUAACUGGAUUUAUAGAAUACAUUUAGGUAAAUAUUUUAGUUAGGUGUUUUUUUUUCCUAAACAGGAUUUAUGGAAAUUACAUCCUUGUUAAGGUAAAAUUGGUAAAAUGAGGCAAACCUGUAAUUUUGUAUUAGGAUGUCAGUCGGCUCCAAGUUGAAACCAAAAAAAAAAA